AUGGACGAUCCCACGGAUGCUCCAGUCAACCCCCCAGAAGCUCCCCAUCAGGGCUCCGCCUCCCCUCCCCCGUCCCGCGGGUCUCCCGACCGUCCACUCCCCACGCCUCCUGGCCAUCCAUCCAACGGCCCCCAGCCUCCGAGGAGUCCUCAUCCACCCAACGGCUCGCCUCCUCCUGCUGCAGCUGAUAUUCCCGUUCCAAAGCCACCGCACGUGCCUGGCGGUCCCACCACCCCUCCUCCCUCUGGCGUUCCGUCUGUUCCCACACCGCCCCCUGAUGUUCCUCCUACCCCUGCUCCUCCCACUGAUGGAAACGUUGUUCGUGCUCCCUCUGACGGCUCUACCACCCCCGUUUUCCCUCCUGGCGGCCCAACCACCCCCGUCCCCCCGCCUGACGGCUCUACCACCCCCAUUCCCCCGCCUGAUGGCGCCACCACCCCUCCUCCUCCUGAUAGUCCUCCUGACGGCGCAACCACCCCUGCCCCUUCCUCAACCUGCGUCAUGGAUCAAGGGGCCGUGCAGGCAGCCCUCUCAUGGGCAUGUGGCGCUGGUGGCGCAGACUGCUCCGCCAUCCAGCCUGGCGGCGCAUGUUACGAGCCGAAUACACUCGCCGCGCAUGCGUCUUACGCAUUUAAUAAGUACUAUCAGCAGCGCGCGCACGCGCCUGGGACCUGCUUCUUUGGAGGGACGGCUGUGGUGGUGCCGGCGCUGCCUGACUACUCGCCUGAGACUGGAGGCUGCAAGUACCCUGAGGGGAAUGCUCACACCACAAUUGUCGUCAUGAAGCCGCUUGUGUACGCCAUCCUCCUGCCCGUCCUCCUCGGCACUCUUGAUUCCGCGCUCGCGCGACUGAAGAGGGCGCGCCCCAAGCGCGCAAGCCCCGCGGUGUUCAUGGGCGGACAGCCAUGGUAUCCUCCCCCGCAACGGUUCCGCCCCAAGCGCGCCAGCCUCGCUCACCCGCUGCUAGACCAGCGCGACCCGUCUCCGCGGAGGCUCCGCCCCAAGCGCGCCAGCAUCGUGCACCCGCUGUUAGACCAGCGCGAUCCGUCUCCGCGGAGGCUCCGCCCCAAGCGCGCAAGCAUCGCGCACCCGCUGUUAGACCAGCGCGAUCCGUCCCCGCGAAGGUUCCGCCCCAAGCGCGCCAGCCUCGCGCACCCGCUGCUAGACCAGCGCGAGCCGUCUCCGCGGAAGUUCCGCCCGAAGCGCGCCAGCCUUGUUCAGGCUACUGAGAGCGCCCCGAGUGCUCCGCGGAUGUUGCGCGGAGGAGGCUACGAAAUACUCCGCGAUGAGCCUGUGGCUCGUUAUAGCACGACUGAUUACUACACUUCGGAUUGGUACACUCCCGAGUCGUCGUACUGGACUGACCCCUAUGGGGGGCUAUAUGAUUAUGGCAGCGAUUCUAGCUCUUACGGCGAUUUCUACGGUUCUUAUGGGUCUGGAUACGAUACUGAUUGUUCUGGAUACGAUACUGUUUGGUCUGGAGAUGGUACCGACUCGUCUGGAUACGAUAUUGAUUGGUCUGAAUAUUAUGAUUGGUUAAACGCGUACAAGUUCGGACUGUAG